AUGGUCGCUGAAUUCACCCAUCUCGACUGUCAGAACGUAUUUGUCCUCGUACUCGUCAAAGAGGGGACACGGCGUGAUGUAGCUCGCAUCACUCUCGUUGAAGCCUUCCCGGAUGUCGUCCGCCGUCAACUUGUGGGUGCCAUCCAGCACACCGAUGAUUUUAUCUUCUGCAUUGACACCGCUGGUGAGAACCAGAACGGACAAUGCACCCGCCACGAUAAGCACAGCGUGUCGACAAAGAGAUGA